ACGCAACGCAACGCGACGACGCCGCCGUUACCGUGUCGUCGUCGUCGUCGUCGUCGUCGACGACGUAUGUGCGCUACGUGAUACGUGAUACGCGUCGUCACAGGUCACAGGGCUCGAGCAGGCUCUCGUUCGUCCGACCGACAAUGACAACGUGCUAACCGUUCUAGGCGAGAUUCGGAAGCCAUGGCGAACAUCGCGGCGCAACGAAUCAAACGAGAAUUCAAAGAGGUUAUAAAGAGCGAGGAGAUAGCAAAAUGUGCGAUUAAAGUCGAGUUGGUCAAUGAUAGUCUCACCGAAUUAAAGGGAGAGAUUGCUGGUCCACCGGACACACCAUACGAAGGUGGAAAUUUUGUGCUCGAGAUAAAAGUUCCCGAGACAUAUCCAUUCAAUCCUCCUAAAGUACGUUUUAUAACAAAAAUAUGGCAUCCCAAUAUAUCUUCCGUCACUGGUGCCAUAUGUUUGGAUAUCUUGAAAGAUCAAUGGGCUGCCGCAAUGACUCUGCGCACAGUAUUGUUAUCACUACAAGCAUUGUUAUCUGCAGCAGAGCCUGAUGAUCCUCAAGAUGCAGUAGUCGCUAAACAAUAUAAAGAACAUCCUGAAUUGUUUCGUCAAACUGCCACACAUUGGACAUUUGUAUAUGCAGGUGGGCCAGCGAAGAUGCCUGAUUUAGAUGACAAAAUCAGAAGAUUAACAGAUAUGGGAAUUGAGGAACAUAACGCAAGAGUCGCUCUAUCCUCAUAUAAUUGGGAUUUGGAACGCGCCACCGAGCACUGCCUCUUUAGUUAGUGAUAACUACAUAGUUAAUUUGUCGCAUCCAAGCAUUUGUCACAUUCAUUCAUUUUGUGCUAAAAAUUUCUUUACCAUGUUUAAAUAUUGAUAUCAUUCGUGAUUUUACAAUUGGAAUUCCACACCUAUAAUGACAAUAUCUGGAUGAUAAAAAAAAACAUUACCAGAAAAUCUGUUCAAUAUCUACCAAUAGUCAUUUAUUUAAUUUGUAACAUAAGCGUGAGAGAGAAAUAAUUAUAAAAAAAUGGCUAGUAUAAAUCAAUUAGCUAAAUUCUAUGAAGAAUAUAUUGUUCUGUACUACGUUCUGUUCAAAUUCUACAUUAUUGAUUAAGAAAUAACAAUCUCAUAACAAAAUUUAAAUAUUAAUAUAUUUUUGAUUGUUUACGUUAUACGUAAUGAUUCAGUAUAUCAAAUUUAAUAUAAAUAGAUAUUAUCCUUUAUAGCUUUGCAUAUCAAUCAAAUUUUUAUUAUUUCAUUGACCAUUGAUGCUUUCCAUUGCAUUACAGAUUUGAAACUUAUAUUAGGAAUAUUAAAUUUUCAGUAAAAUUUAAUACGUAUAUUCAUAAUACUAUAUCUUUCAAGUGUAAUUAGAUCCCGUUUGCAAGUUCUAUAAUUCAUGAUUUAUAUUUUAUAUCAGUGAUGCACAAAUUUUCUUGGUGAGUUAUACAUCGAUAUAUUAUUACUAUAUCGUAACAUUCUUAAUGGAAAGUACAUGUUACAAGAAUGUGUUUUUUUUUAAAUAUAAAAUGUAUAUUUUGUUAUUAUAACUCAUCAGUUUUUUUACAGUGUUGCAUAAAUCUAUCUACUCUUUAUAAAAAAGAGAUAACAAUAUUGAGUUUAAGCUUUUAAAGCAUGAAAACAUUUUAAAUGUCUUAGUUAACUUUUUAUUAUAUUUAAAUCUGUUGUUUUUAAUUGACAAAAAUAAUUUUCUUGCACCAAUAUUGAAAUCUGUUAAAAUUACUAAGUGUAAUUUGGUCAUCACUGAUUUAUGAUAAUAUUAAAGCAAUAUAUCAUAUGCGUCUGUGUAAAAAAAAUUCCUUUUAUUUGAGGUAGAACAAAUAUAAAUUGAGCAAAUCCGCUUGUAUAUUAUUAAAAGUAAGAUAUGACCUGUAAAAAGAUUCAUAAACUUGUUCGCUUCGACGUUAAUGUUUUAGAAUUGUACAUUUUUAGUGUUGGCUUACAUGAGAUGGUAAAACUAUCUAUCACAUCACAGAUAUGUAUCUUUACAAAUAUAUCUCAUCAUUCUGUUUUUGUAUUUGUAUCAUGCCGUGUACAUUCCAGACUCAGGUGUAAAUGGCAUUUAUUUAGCGGCGUCAUUUAAAUUCUGCAUUACUUAAAAAUAUGUGAUUGGAGAAAAAGGAUAAAAGUGAAUUAAAUUUAAGUUUAUUUUAGUAACAAUCUUGUAAAAUCAUGAUACAGCACAGUUAAAAAAAAUGAAGAUGAAAAUGAAUUAUUAUUUGUAUAAUAAUGUAUAUGAUGCAAAAAUGCACAUAGCUUUUUGUACAAUCAAAUGUUAAAUCGUAUGCAUUAUACAAUGAAAAAACGAAAAUUUAUUCAUGGAUUCAUUUUGUAGUAAUAAUUUUCUCAAAUCAUGUAAAAAAAGUGAUAGCUAGAUCAGUCGAUUGUAAAAAUUGUUUUUUUUUGCUUUAUUUUUUUUUAAUAUUUAGCUCACGAUGUAUUAUCCUACAUAUGGGUUUGUUUAUGGAUGUGGUUACGGUUCCAACAUCCUUUUUGAUGUUUUAAUUGCUGUAAUGUUUAAUAUCAUAAAAAAAUAAAUAGUUCUUUUUUCAUUGUUCUAA